CGUCGACAAUUGUUCCCUCUCCCAGACAUGACCGCGCUGUCCCCCCUUUCCCGCGUAUCAACUUUGGCGCCGUGAGCAAUUGCACUCGGCAAACACGGUCCGCUCUAUCUGCCAGUAUGCUCAGCGGACCACCUCGGCUGGUCCCCUUCCUCUUCUUGGCGUUUGUGCUUGCGCUGGUCGUGUGGUACUACCAUGGCGUGUCGGGCACAGGCACGUCGCUGUCGGCAUGGAAGCCCGGCUCCUCGUUCUCGACAGAAAGGCCGUCGUCGCUACGCGCGGGUGUAGAUCCCCUCGACUUCAGCAUACCGCUGCGCUUCUCGGACGGGCAGCCUAAGCCCGCAGGCAGCAACUACACGUUCAAGAUUGUGGUGCCCAAGACGACCAAGGAGGACCUGGAAUGGAUGCAGCAGGAGAUUCCCCAUGCGCCGCUGGUCAUCUACGAGGUGGACAAUGAGAAGGCGGAGAACAAGAUCCCCAAAAACAAGGGCCGCGAGGCCAUGGUGUACCUCAGCUACAUCAUAGACCACUAUGACGACCUUCCCGACACGUCCCUCUUCAUGCACGCCCACCGCCACGCCUGGCACAACAACCAGCUGAUGGGCCUCGACGCUGCCCAGAUAGUAAACCGGCUGAACCACGACCGCGUCGCGCGCCUCGGGUACAUGAACGUACGAUGCCACCACGACCCUGGCUGCCCUGACUGGAUCCACAUGGACCGUCCCGGCGGCGACUUCGACUUCUUCCACAAGCCGGAGGAGAUCUACUGGCGCAAGAGCAUCUGGGAGGAGAUCCACCCCGGCGCGCCCAUCCCGCCCUCCAUCUCCGGUAUCUGCUGCGCGCAAUUCGCCGUCUCACGCGACAGGAUCAGGCAGGUGCCCCUCGAGCGCUUCAUCCACUACCGCAAGUGGCUGCUCACAACCGGCAUGGACGACCAGUUCUCUGGCCGCAUCUUCGAGUACAUCUGGCACUACAUCUUCACCGGCCACGAGGUCUACUGCCCCGCAAUGAAUACCUGCUACUGCGACGGCUACGGUAUCUGCUUCGGCGGGCGCCAGAAGUUCGACGACUACGUCAAGAAGCAGGACGACCGCAACGCGAAAUGGACACAACUCGAAGAGUUCAACAAGCGCGCGGACAAGGCGAAGGAGGAGGGCAAGGAACCUGAUUUCACGGAUGCUGAAAAGCUCACAAUGGACACGCUGAGGAACACAAUUGGCGAUAUGGACGUUGAGCUUGAUAAGCUGAGGGAAGACGCGAGGAAGAGGGGUGACGAUCCCAAAUUAAGGGCAGAGGAGAUGGAGACGUAUGAUUCUUCGCACAUCUGGGAUUAUGCGCCGCAUGGCGAUAAGAUUUGAGGAUAAUGUAUAUGACAGCUUCUAUGGCAGGCAUUGCGGCGGUGUGGGCGUUUAGGCGGCAGGCAUGUUAGAUAUGUAGAUCUGAUGAUGGCGGUUGUAUAUAGACUGGGGUCGCUGUCAUGCAGCCUGUGUCGAACCAUCAAAUCCAUGAAACUUGGACUCAACAUCUCAAUUGGCUACGGCUGAGGAAAUCUGCGGCUAGUUACGAGCGCUUCCACGACCCUAUUGCGUGGAUCACGAUGUUCGAAACGUUUGUAGUCGAUUACUUGGAUGAUCAGCCGAGAGCCUCAGUAACGUUGGAGAGCUUCUGAGUCGAUUUUCACGCCUGGAUGGUACGCCG